GAAACUUCCCGGAUGUUGCUAUUCCAGGAAGCGAGUCCUAUGACAACAAUCCUGUGACAGCGUUGUGUGUUUUGACUUGAGAAACAUAUUGCCAUGAAAACCGCGCAAAAUGGAUUGAUCGUGUGAUCACAAGAAGAGCAUGGAGAAUGAUGAAUUUCCGCCAGCGGAUGGGGUGGAUAGGUGUCGGACUGUACUUGUUGGCCAGCGUCGCCGCCGUGUAUUAUAUAUUUGAGAUCAGCCAGACAUACAACCGACUUGCACUGGCGCAAGUAGAAAAGGCAGCUGGAGCGCAGACGAAAUGGUCAGGAGACGCCUCUUCCUCUUCCCCGUCUUCAGCCUCAUGGAUCGUGACCCUGAAAACGAGACUUCUCCUCCUGCCCUUCUGGGUGUGGGCCACCAUUUUCCUCAUUCCCUACCUCCAGGUGUUUCUCUUUCUUUACUCCUGCACGAGGGCGGACCCCAAAACUGUAGGAUACUGUAUUCUGCCCAUCUGCCUUGCCGUUCUCUGCAACCGUCACCAAACCUUCGCCAAGGCCUCCAAUCAGAUCAGCAGACUGCAGCUGAUCGACACUUGAAGUGAUUGUUAAAGAUGCCAUGCGGCUUGGCGUCUUAGGGGUUGGGCAAUACAAAAGUGCAUUCAUAAAUAACAUAAUUUUUUAAGUCUUGGUCCUGCUUUUUUUUUUUUUUUUUUUUUUCUUUUUUUUUUUUAGGUUCAGGAGUCAUUUCUUUUGUAAUAUUUCUUUUUCUGUAUGGACUAAUUGAGUUAUUUGCAGCUCCAAAACAGUUUUUGUGUAUUUUUAGCAACAACAACAACAAAAAAAAUGGACUACAGGCGAUGUUUCGUACUCUUUCAAGCUGAAUUGCAAAAUUGGUCCGCAUUUUAAUUGAAGUAGAUUUAUAACAGGAUCCAAAAGUGCUUUUCAUGUCGGCACAGUCCUAUGGUGUUUUUUAAGGAGCUUUGUCUUGAUUUAACUGAAAACAUUUUUAUAAUUAAAAAUUACAUUUGAUAAAAUUAAAUCCGAGUAGCCUAAGUGGAGGCAAUUAAGCCAUUGUCCAAGAUGUGGAGAUGGAUUAUGUGUGUGUACUACUUGAACUACACUUCUGAUGGUGGUUAGAUGGUAGAUGAAUAAAGAUUUCUCUGAGUGGACCGCUGUAAUUGUUUCUAUACUACGAGGCCAAUGGAUUUGUGGUGUCACUUUAAUGCUCCAGGCGUUUGUUCUCGACUCCAGUGGACGUUUUAUCGGUAGAAAAUAAGAAAACCGCUGACAGUGGUGCAACAUAUGUAUUAACCAUUUGUUUAUAACAGUGUCUAUCUUUUUAUUUGUUUUGAAUAUAAAAUGCACUCAAGGCAGGAACAAAGAAAGGAAUUGUAAUAAAAGGUUUGUAUUAAAUAUACACUUUGUUAUCAAUGUUUUGUUCAGAUGAUUUUUUUCUUUUUUUUUGUCAGCUCUAGACAUGGCGAGAGUGUUCUCUCCAAAUCAUCUGUUUGUUUGACUAAUAUUAUUUUUCAUGUAUCAUGGUGAUAAUCAAGUGUCCUCGAGAAAAGACUAUCCGUGUCUCAUCAAACAAAUUGUUCAUAUUCAUGUCUGUGGAAUAUUUGUGAGCUCAAUCUCACGUCUUAUUGUUGAGGGAUAUCUGCAUUAUUUUACGGUGCGAGUAAUCUGAUCUUGCAUAAGAAAUGCAAAGGUUAUGUUGACUUGUCGGGUGUGGUAGGUUGUAAGGUUUUCAGCUUCAACCUGUGCCGCAGUGUUUUGAUUUUUAAAAUCAUGUAUUUUUGUCAACAGUGUCUUAUUUGUGGAAAUGUUCAAAAAAGGCAAAUCAUUUUUUGUCUAAAAAGGGCUUGACUGUGAAUUUAUAAUGACGUUUAAUGGGUGUUUGUUAAUGACUUUCCAUCGCAAUCUUAAUGCACUGUGGUUUGAAACGACUGGCAAAAAUCAAUAAAGAAAUGUAAUGUGCAGUCUGUA